AUGAAUCGCGAGGCGCUGACUGCAAGGACUCGACGAGGAUCUGUGACGGACCGGUCACCCCCGCGUCGUGCGGCUUUCCGACGGUUGACAAGGAGGAACUCGCAAUUUCCAGGUCCUGGUGCCCUUAGCCUGGGUCCUCGUCACACACGCGUUAACGACAUCCUCGCAACUUUUGGCGAGGAAGAGAACAUCACAUCACGUCGUCCAUCAUCUCUGCCCGGUGGUUUGGACAGCCAAGGAGGAGCUGGUCUCGGUUACCUCCAGGACCGCUGGAAGGAUUUGGAAUCCGCAAUGCAGCCUCAGCUCCGGAAUCGAGCGCUGACAGAGGACCUGCGCAGAGAUCUUGUCAGCCUCGAAGGCCAGGAUCUAAAUGCUUUCGUCAAGGAAGGAUUCAUCACAGAGGACUUCUCUCGACUAGUGUACGAUAAGUUCAAGAACGAUGCUGAGCCAGAGUUUCUGCAUGACCUUCAGUUGGAGAAAUGUGGUGGCCUGAGCGCUUUGAGCGAGCUGGAUUCACCACCGAAAUACUUUUGGUUUUUCGUUCUCGUUGUCUCCGUAAUAUUCAACGUUUGGUACCUCAUACAUUUGGACUGGCAAAUCUUUACCACCUACAUCAUUGAAGUGUUCCAAACGUGGGACCUGCACGGCAUUAUAGCUCGCCUUUCCAAUGGCGGCGGCAGCCAGUCCAAACAAGACAUUCAGGCCGAACUAUUUGAUGACCCCAUGUUCAAGGGCAGCAUUUUCGGAAUGAUUUCUGAUCACGAGACACGCUUGACGAUAGUAACUGCUGCUGUCAUGGUCGCUAUUUGGGAGGUCGGUUGGCUGAUGACGCAACUGGUCUGGGUAGUCUACAUUCUUUACAUGGCCUGCUGUGAGCAGUCGGAGUACAAGCGCUACAAUGCCAUCGGCUACUUUUUUCAAACGCUGCUGCCGCAGGCCAGCACGUUCUCUGCUGUUAAGCUGAUGGCACGAGUGCACCCUUCGCUGAUCAUGAACGAGUACCAAGAUUGGGUGACUUCGCUUUCUGAGCGAGGACUGAUGUGCGGUCAUAGAAGGAAUACAAUUGGCUACGUGAUGCUGACCACUUCGUUUAUCGUCUUCCACGCCUUCUGUGCCACAGCAGCUGUCAGCGCAUUCUCCGUCAAGAUGUUGGCAGUAAGUUUCAAAGUCGUCAACCCCGAUAUCUCCUGGUGGUACCGCCUGUUCAGCAUCCUUGCCACCCUGAACCAAGUCAUGGGGGCUGUCUAUAUUGAUCGUCUGCUGCAGGAUCGCGUGUUCCUUUUCGUCUUCGGUGGUCGAGAUUCCACAUAUGAGGAUGAUGAGCUGGCGUACAAAAAUGCUUAUAUGACUCGACUGGUCAAAGAGAUUUGGCUUGAGUACUGGCAGAAGGGGUACUAUUUCUCGGCUCUGGUCCUGCUUGCAACUUUCGAUCACUACGACUUGCAGUGGCUUAUGAUCGAGCCUCCGGAGGAUGACGAAAACUUGGUGCUGCAAAGGCUUGGACUCGCAUCUCCGCGGGAAUCACCACAGCGAACUGUUUCUGCGCCAGCAAACGGGCUUGCCGCACGCCCAAAGAAGGCUGCGUCUGGGCUCGAUCACACAACCUGGUGGGAGAAAUUGUGGACAACGCUGGGCUGCCAUUCCAUAAGCCGAGUCCACUCCAGCCCGGACCUUGAGACUGUUCACGAGGAGUUCCAUGAGUCUCCUGUGCACUCGUUGCAUUCGGCUGCGAUGAAGGAUGAUGAUCUUGAGAAGAAUGAGGACGUGGCUGUGAAGAUCCCGGAGCAGGCUAUGAGCGAGGUUCGUCCUCGGCGAUCUAUGUCUGAAAAUCUGUCACACAAGGCCUCGCACCGAACACCCAUCAGCCUGAAGUUGCCCUCCUCCGAUGGACUGGGCCCUGUUGCUAGCGAGCGCUCUGGACAGGAAGAGAGCGCCUUCUCAGAGACGCCGCAAACGAAUCGAAAUAGCGUGAUGAACGACCAGGAUCUCAUCAGCGAGUCAUCGCAGCCAUUGCUUUUCCCGGUACAGGACCCUGCUGAGACAGCAAGCCGAGAGUCAACAAGUUCAUUUGGAAUGGCAGCCAUUGCCCGUGCUGUCGAAAGCCGGUGUGCUGCUUGGGGCGAUGGCUGGAACGGAUGGACUGAGGGAGUCAGGAAGAAGCGGGCUGGCUAUCUCGCCUGGGCAGAUGGCUGGAGUGACAGUGGAAUCCCUAUGUCCAGGUCCAACACGAGUGAUGUUGUCGACAUGGAGCACCUCUUCACAAGUCACGAGGUGGCCAGGGCCAGCCAUGAUGAUCCGACUGCUCCUACAUCUCCUACAUGCGACAGCAUGGUGUGA